AUGAUUUCCCUCGGAAUCUCUCGGAUUCUGCCACAGACAUUCCACUUCCCGCACGUUCUUGCCCUCCACAGGCACUUCCCCGUCUCUAAUAACCUGUCACGUAUCAUACUCUUCUCGCUUCGUCUCCCUCGCUCUGCCUCGCUUCGUGAACCAGCUUUCACAUCUGAAAAGUUAUCCAUGCAUUCUGCUCCUCCCCUCUCACCCCUCACACCUUCCUUCCCGUAUUCCUCCCCUCUCUCAUCCCUGGUCCUCACCUGUGAAUCCCCUCAUCCUUCCCCUCAUCCAUCCCUUCAUCCCUCCUUCCCCUCAUCCCUCCCGUCCCUCAUCCCUCCCGUCCCUCAUCCCUCCCCUCCCCGAUUCUCCGCAGCGACAGCCAUGGGUGGUCCGCCUGGCUCCAGGGCCCCCCGGCAGGGCCGCGUGGCAGGCGGAGGGGGCGGGCUGGGCGUGGGGGUGCGCGGAGCUGGCGCGGGCGAGGGCUUACGUAGCAGCGAUGGCGGAGGGGGAGCGGGGGGGUCCGUGGGAAGCGGGGGCGGGGGGCAUGGCAACGGGGGCGGGAAACCGCGGAAAACGUCCCGCCUGCUUCUGCAUAUCCGCCUGCACUACCGCCGGUUGCUUCUUAGAGGGGCAGUUGCGCUGGUCGCGCUGCUGCUGCUCGCGCUUCUGCUGCGCGCAGCAUUGCGCCUGGGGGGAGGGGCGGGGGGCGAGGGAGCUGCGCCAACGGGGAGAGGCGGGCGGGGGGGGUCGAAUAGGAAGCUGGGCGCGCCUGGGGAUGGCGGAAGUGGAGAGGGGAGAGGGGACGACGGGCGGGGGAGGGGGAACAGUGACGUUGCGCGUGGGGGGACGGGGCAUGGGGAGGCGGCGGGAAAUAGAGGCGCAGGGUUGGUCCGCGUUGCCCUGGAUAGAGGGGGUGUGGGGGCGAGGAGGGGGAGGGGAACGGACGUGUACGAGGCGAGCAGAGAGGGCGAGAUAGUGAACGCGUGGGACCCGCAGUAUGGGCUGGAGAUUGACGUGUGGGACCCACGCACACACAACCCUCUCAACAAGCAGCUCUCGGAGCUGGGAUCGGAGGUGCAGGUGGCAGGGGGCAAGGACAAGGCGCACUAUCUCGUCACAAUGGUGGUGCACCACCUCAACAGGUCCUCCAACAUCUCGCUCUACGAGUGCCGCCAGUGGGUUGAGUACUACAAGUAUGCGGGCGUCUCGCAUGUCGUGUGGUACGACACCGCUACAGACUCCCGGGAUUCUAUAGAAGCCGCAUGGCGGCCAUACAUCCGGGAUGGCUUCCUCACGCUGCACUCCUUCCGCCACGUCUUCCCCUCAUUCGACCCGCAAGGCGUCGCCUCCAAGGACGACCAGGCGACCCUGCACUUUCUGACCACGCACGGGCCGCAGACGGCCUGGUUUGUGCGCCUGCCAGUCACCUCCUUCCUGUUCGCCCCCGGGGACGUGAAGCCGGGGUUCCUGGACCGGUUUCUGAGGGAGUACGAGGCGCACAGGCAGCAGGCGUCGCAGCUGCUGCUGCAGAUGCUGCACUUCGUGGGGCCUGGCGAGCGCCCGCUCCCUGCUCUGCUCUUGGAGCGAUUCGUGCAUCGCACGGAGCAGACAAGGGGUGCGUCCCUGCAGAAGUUUGCGCAGAUGACUGCAGUGGUGAAGCCGGAUAGCGUGCUUCGUCUGUUCUGGCACCACCCGCAUCACCUGGAGAUGAGCAAGGGGGAUACGGUGGUGCUGCCGGCAGCACUGCUACGCGUGCACUCGUUUGAGAAAGCGGUUACAGGGGAUGGAGUGGAAGGUGAGGAAGCGAUGGCGGAUACAUCUAUGCUUCCAAUUGCAAUUGAGUUGAACCAAAUGCUCAACAAGGACUCAGCAUCGUCUUCUCUCAACGGCGCCCUCGCCUCGCGCCUUUCCGAUACGUCUCAGGCCGAGCCAUCCCGAACCACAGCGUACGAAACGGACAGAUUAACCCUAGCCGCCGCGACGCGCAUGACUCCCGCAAUGGACGGGCAAGCCGUGGGCGAGAGAAUGUACCGACGGAAGCGCCAGCGGGCGUCUUUAGGCGGCAGCGCAAUCUCCGAUCAGGACUCCGAAGACGCGUCGAACGCGGCGGAAAGUCAAGGCCCAUGGACGUGGCCUCAUCGGUCGAAACAAGCGGCGAAAGCGGUGUCGGGGGAUGACGUUGGGAGGAUACUCUUCGGCAAGCCGUCGCCUCACGAGGAGGAGACUCCCAAGCAGGUGGAGCUGCGGUCUAAGUGGCUGGAAGACAGGAAGCCAGUGACCCGCAGUGGCAGGGCCGCCAAGGAGAAGGCUGCUGCUGCUGCAAGACUGGAGGCAGAGGCAGAGGUAGGGGGAACACAGACAGAGGCAGGGGGGACACAGACAGAGGCAGGGGGGACACAGACAGAGGCAGGGGGGACACAGACAGAGGCAGGGGGGACACAGGCAGAGGCAGGGGGAAGGCAGGAAGAGGGAAGGCUGAGUCUUUACUGGAACCGGAGAGGAAGGGAAGAAGAGGAGGCGAAAUCAGGGCAGCGGCUACUAGAAGGGUGCAAAGGGCGGUUGAAGAGGGAGCAUGGGAAGCAAGAGCGCACUGUCUUUGUGUCUGAGAAACAGAACUAUUUUGCUGAAGUAGAUGCUUUUGAAUUGGAGGAAGAGGAAGCAUCGGAUGGUGGCUAA